AUGACCGUUGUUGCGCCUUUGGGAGAUGGUCUAGAAGAUCAAGCAGGCAACACGCCCUUCGUUGGCCAUCCGUUGUACUCUGGGCCCCCUUUACCAGGGGAAGAACGGGAAGAGCGGAUGAGCCCGUUUCUGGCCAUCCUUCUCCUGUACGGUAUCAUGAUACUUAUGGUUGGAGCACAGACGGCGCUAUUCCUUUGGAAGAAGAGGCACCGCAAGUCAUACGAGCUCGUCACGCUGCUUGGGCUAUGGCUCAUGCCCGCCCUCUUCUCUCUACACUUACAUUUUUGGCGCUUCCUCCUUGUUUGGACAAUGUAUUCCGCUGUCACCGCACGCCUGCUAUGGACGUCCACGCGCAAAAAGCUGGCGAGGACGACGCCGCGGCAGAUCUACACGUUUUUCCUAGGCGUGUACCGGGCCAGCAAGGUGGUGGGAGUCGUGGGUUACUGCCUUGUCCUGGCCGAGGUGUUCGGCAUGGGGCCGUUAUUGCACUUGGUCCUUCCCAAGGACCUGCCCAUUGACCUCGUAUGGUACGGCUUGUACUUCGGAAUAUUGGGUCGCGAUUGCGCGCAAGUCGCGACGGACAGCUUAUCGGCACGGUUGGGCAUCGAGGGGCGGCAGUUGGACACAUGCCCGCAAUGCGGCGAGAAGGUGGAUCUGCGCACACUGCUUUCGGAUAGACCAUGGGAGACACACAACAUUACCUGGAUUCAGAUGAUGGACGGCAUCCGCUACCUUGUGGUGUGGAAUCCCAUCAUUUUCACGGUCCUGUCGUUUGUGUUGCACCUGUUCGGCCCACAUCGACACGGCGAUGCACACAACGGUGUUCCACAAGGUCUGGAGAGCUCUACUAAAGGCGGUUUAAUGAGCCAGCCACCGGCUUCACCGCCCAUUGCAGCCCUUUCCCCAGCUGGGACCGCAGUGCACUGAAGCUGCUGGACUGCGCAACACGGACUUGACCUCACAGGAAGACCUCCGGACCCCGCGGACAAACAAUGCUCACGUUGGCAGAAAAGGAGCGCGAUGGAAAGGUGGCCUAAACGAAAAUGAGCGCCUGUGUGUAUCCUGCACAUAACUUGGUGCAUCGCAUGCUUGGGGCCACCUAGCUCAACAGCUACAUGCCACCCAGUCGUCUUGCCUGUCAGCGGCAUACGGCAGUGAUGGUUGUUUUAAUGUAAGAAGCCUAAAACUC